AUGUCGAUCCUCAUUUUUCUGUUGCCAAUUCUGGCAAAAUUACAAACGAAGUUUUUCCGACAUUUCUACCGAAUCGGCUUCAACUUUUACAAAUGGUGGACAGGUCCUCCAAUAAGAAUCACAAAACACAUUCGGGAUUUCGCAAAAAGUAUUGAACCGGAUGAAUGGGAGUGGAAAGCGGAUGCGAAAAGUGGCGGUGAGGAACAUUUCCGUUUCGAGUUGUCCGAUUGGAGUUCUCGGGAUUCUCUUCAUAUCGAUAUUGUUUCAAGAGCGACUCAAAUCGAGGCUCGUCUGAUUUUAUGGCAUCAAGGAGAGACUUUUGACUCGGGGACACUGAUUUCAAGGGAAACCGAUGACAUUCAUACAAUUCGUUGUGGUCCAUUGUUGUUAGAUGUUCGCGAACCGUUUAGACGAUGCCGAUUUUUUUAUCGAGGUGAAAUAAGAAACUCUCAAAACGAGCCGAUCUUCUUAAGCAUUGGCGGCUGGUUUAAGCCGACGUCAGAUGUGCGCUUUUUCUAUUCAAAUCUUCAAGUAAACGAAGAGAUUUUAAAGAAUCCAUGGAGAAUUUUAAGCAAUUUUCGGAAAUUCAAUAAGCAACGAGAGCAAAAAGAUUUCGUUCAAUGGGGCGAAGCGUUUUGUGAGAUCGAGAUGAACCGAGUGGCGGUGAGGAGAAGGUUUAGAGGACUCAAAGAAGUUCGACGCUUGAGUGCAAACGAUCGUGAGGAUCAGAUCUCCGUGUAUUUUGAGGAUGGUCAUCGCUAUUUUUGGCGCUCGGAGGAUCGCGCUCAGUACAAUAGUCAUUUGGAGCACGGAAUUCACUCGCACGUCGAUCAAAUCGUUCGCUCGAUUUCACUCGAUACACCUGAAGGAGUCUAUCAACCGGAUUCAUUAUCGAUUUUGAAGUUUAAAACAAAUCAAGGACAAGAGGAGAGUUUCACCAAAAUGAAGCACUUGAACAAGUGCAGCUAUGAGAGAGAUGACGGGGUGACGAUUGUUGUGAAUAGAUUCGAAUGCGAUCGAAAGGGAUCAAUUGGAUACGCGUUCAUUUCCUCGAUCAUUCAACCAUUGGAUAAGAAAGAAUGCAAGCAAAGAGUUGAGGCAAUACUUGACUAUAAAGCAAUUGGUCUUGAGCGGAUUCUUCGCAUCAUUCCACUCACUCAUCGUGCUUGCCAAGACUCGUCAUUAACCGGUGGAAAGGGGUCAAAUCUCGGAAAAUUAUCAACAAUUCGAUGCAAAUACCAAGUCCCUAAUGGCUUCGUGAUAUCGACGAAUGCUUAUGAAGAACACUUGAAAGCAAACAAAGCCUUAUCUCAACUGAUCAAUCGAAUCAAUCACAAUUUGAAAAUUGAUGAAUUAGAGAGUCUUUUGAAGAAAAUCGAGGCAGCUUUUCAUGAAUCAGAAUUAACACUUGCAAUGAGAACCGAGCUUGAGAUCGUUUUGCGUAACGAAUUCGCGGAGAAACUCUUGGCGAUUCGAUCAUCAGCAAUUGGCGAAGAUGGCGCCGAUCUCUCAUCUGCCGGUCAAUUAGAAUCACAGCUGAACAUACAACCAAAAGACGUUCAACAAACUCUCAAACGCGUGUGGGCAUCGAAUUUUCGCAAAGAGGUUUACUCGUACAGAAAGUUUUAUGCUCAACUCUUGACUCCAUCAAUGGCCAUCGUUGUACAAGAAAUGAUAUCGAAUGGAACAGCUGGUGUGAUGUUCACGUGCAAUCCGGUUACUCGAGAUCCCACAAAAUUCCUCAUCAACGCUCACCAAGGGAUGGGUGAGGAGAUCGUGAGUGGGGCAGUCACUCCACACACCGCUCUCAUCGCUAAACAUAAUGGGGAGAUCCUUGAAAAGUCCGAAGAAAUCCUCUGCUUGGAGGACUCACAAUUGCUUGAGUUGACUAAAGUCGGGCACUUCUUGGAGACACAUUUUGGAAAACCACAAGAUGUCGAAUUUGUGAUCAAAAAUGAGGUCAUCUACUUGGUACAAAGUCGUGAUGUCACAGGUCUCGAUCGGGAAAGCGAUUUUGAGUUGAGCACCGAGUUCGACUCAGGGAAUCUCACUGAUCACGAAAUCUAUACAACGGCAAAUGUUGGCGAAGUGUUGCCCCGGCCACUCACCCCGUUGGGCAUUUCCGUUGAGGCUCAGUUGUACGAGAAAGCUCUUUGUAAAAUGUUCUUCUCAUUUGGUUCUACCCAUAUCCCGAUGCAUCACCAUAUGGCUUUUCACAUCACCAACAAUCGAGUGUUCUUCAACGUUGGAGAGCUCUAUCUUCGUCAAUGGGUUGUUCUCGAAAAAGAUCCAUUAUCCGAGUACACCCUGGCGGGAGAGCGAAUGAUCUCCACGGAAAUGUAUCGACAAGGGAAACUCCGCUACAAGCCCUCACAUCCACUUUUUCCUAUUUAUCGAUUGGGAUACAUGAUACAUGCAACACUUUGGGGCGGAAAGAGUACACUGAAAACGGUGGAAUUUGGAUCGAAAGCGAUUCAAGAGCUCGUCUCGGAUGGAAAAGCUCAACGACAAUUGGAGAACAUUCAACAACAACAGGAGCUGUUUGCGAAGCUAAUCUACAAUCACUCGUACAUCUCCUCUUGCUCCUCGUUCACUUAUAUCAUUGUAGCGAUGUUGAUUCGUGGAUCACCGGAAGGAGAUCUGACUCCAGAGAUGCUUUCCGACAUCGCCACUUUAUUCGGGAACAACAGUUUGUCUGUGAUCUCAGCCGAUGUGCCAAAUGCUUUAAAGAACAUCGCCAAAGCAAUCACGAAAAGCAAGGUUCAACCCGAAUUCGAGACAUUGGAAGCACCAAACUCUCUUAAGCCAAAAAUAGUUAUGAUCUUACUAUUUCACCUA